UCCAUGUCAACCGUUAAAACCCGCCAUAAUUCAAAAGCCCCACUAAAUUUCUUUAAAUGGGUUUCUCUCUCCCACGUUUUCUCUCUCUAAACUCCCCCAUUGCCAUUCUCUCUCUCUCUAAAACCGAUCCUUAGUUGCAGAGUGCUUUGCUUGAAACACAAAUCAGUUAGGCCAACGGUUACUGUAAUGAUUGCCUUACACUUGACGUUACAAACAGCGUUGGAUUUCUGGUCACCAUCUCCACCUUCUCCCACCUCUCUCUCUCCCUGUGGCCUUACUUCUACUACUACUCCUACUCCUGCUCUCUGCAAACAGGGUUGUACUCCGCCUUCUCUUUCUCACGAGACUCGACUUCCCUUCUUUCUCUCUCUCUCUCUCUCGGCCAGGAAACAGAACACUGUAGUUUCUCUUACCUUAAUUUCACUUUCUAGCACGGCAAGCAGAGGGCUCCUCCCAACUUCACUUUCUGACCCUGUGAACAGUUAUUACCUCCUCCCUGACCUCUCUCUAACCCUGCAAACAGAGUGUACUUCAUUUUCUUUUCCUUCCUCACUGACCCAGAUACAGAGUAUUCUCUAUCCUCUCCCUUGCCGUCUUCUAUGGUUUCUUACUUCUCUCUAACUGUUAUCCUAGAACAAAAAAAAAUCUUACCAGUCAAUCAUGAACAGUUUAUGGCAAAACCAUAUUGAGUUUUCCAGCAGGGAAACGGCAAUAUUUUGCUUUCCAAUUGCAUCAGUGUACGUAGAGCAUCAUUUUAGAGCUCGCAACUCUUUAAGAGAAAUCAGCAGCUUCCAUCAUGUUGGUUCCUUCUCCGACUGAAUUUCCAGCAAGUAGCGGCGAAGACAGAGAAACCCAACAUGGGCCAGCCCGUUCGAUGCCUUUCUCUCUCCUAACCCGAGCUGCAAUCCAAAUCUCUAGAGCAAGAUGGUUCAGUUUCAUUAGAAGGCUUUAUCAUUACCAAAAUGGAGUGAGAUCAGAUUUGGGUUCGAAUCCUUUGAAUUCGAAGCCAUGGAUAUGGCUGGAGCUUAUCCUGGUAACUGCACAAAUUAUCACAAUAACAACUAUUCUGGUCAUUUCUAAGAAUGAGAAACCAGUUUGGCCCUUGAGAAUAUGGGUCACAGGGUACAACUUUGGUUGCCUAUUGAGUCUGCCAAUGUUGUAUUGGCGUUACAGGAAUUCGAACUCGAGCAACAGGAACAGUACUGGUAGUUCUGAUUUGGAAAUGCAGAGAGAGAAUGGAGAAUCCAGGGCUUCCUACAUCAUGAACAAAUGCCGGGUUUGCUUGGAGCUCUUCUUUGCCAUCUGGUUUGUUAUGGGCAAUGUGUGGGUCUUUGAUAAUCGCCUUGGUUCAUCAAGCCGAGCUCCUACGCUUUAUGGCCUCUGUUUUGGCCUUCUUGCUUGGAACGCUUUGAGCUACUCCUUUCCAUUUAUCUUAUUUGUUGUCCUCUGUUGCUGUGUACCAUUGAUCAGUAAUGCCAUUGGUUAUAACAUGAAUUUGGGGAGCUUGAAUAGAGGGGCCUCAGAAGAUCAGAUUUCAAAGCUACCCAGUUGGAGAUUCAAGGCUGGGGAUGAGUUCAUGAAGGCUAACAAUAGUGACAAGCUUGGUGUGGUGAAAUCCAAUAGGCCACUUGCUCCCGUAGACUUGGUGAGUGAGGAAUGUUGUAUAUGCCUUGCCAAGUACAUGGACAAGGAGGAGCUAAGAGAGCUUCCGUGCUCACACUUCUUUCACCUCAGAUGCAUUGAUCAGUGGCUUAAAAUCAUAUCUUGUUGCCCUCUCUGCAAACAAGAGCUUGACAGAUAAAUUUUUGGCAAAAAGUGAAGCUACCCCCUUCCUGUACAUAGGCCCCUCUUUCUUUCCGCCAAGGCACAAAAUUUGGAUCAACAUGAAAAUGUAUUGGGUACCUCUUAUAAGAAAAUGAAGCUACCCGUCUUGUUGCAAAGGCCCUCUCUUUCUACCAUGGUUCUGACUUUUCAGAACCCUAUAGAAUUAUAUUGGUUACUUUCUGUAAGAAUGGAAAGUGAAACUACCUCUUUCCUGUACAAAGGCCCUUCCACUAUAGUUCAAAAACUCAGAGCCAUCCAGAAUCAUGGUAGUUGCUUGUUAUAGAACGUAAAGCUGCUCUUUCUCACACCAAUGCCCUUCCCUUUCUCACAAAGUUCAAAAUUUUAGAGCCACAUGGAUUAAUACCUUUUCAAUGUAAACACAGAAUAGAAAUUUGGAUUGCAGCUAAUUGUCAAAUUACUAGAGAAAAUGGCGUUCACAUAACACUAAAGGGGCUUAAAAAUGGGACUACUACCAGAAUUUCAACAAGAAGCUAAGUAUUCCUCAAUUGCUGUUGAUGAAACAAGCCAUAGGUACAAGAAGUAACCCAAUGGAGUAUGGAAUAUGGCAUUCCACUAUCUGUUCCAACAAACAGAUGGUGAAGAUUAGUCCUUGAUUUAUAACAGAUGGUUUCUAUAAUACUGCAUAUCAUACUCCAUUGGACUGUCAUACAUUUCUCACAUAAAAAAGGUAAAAUAGAAAAUUAGGCAGCAGCCUUGGGACUUACCUUAGAUUUAUGAGACUUGGUAGAUAAUCAAUAACGCAACCAUAACCAGGAGCAAAAACGUGAUCUUCUCCAUAGAAACUUUUCUUCGAUAACAAUGUGAAUUUCUGCAUAAUCAAAUAAGGUGCAAAGAAUUAAAAAAUGAAACUCAUAUGGAACAAACUUCAUCUAGAGGAUAGGUAGACUGUGCUUAUCUGAGCUUCAUUGAACCUUGAAGUUCAGAAGAGCAACCCAUAUGUAAAAGGAGCUCCAAGUUUCAGCAUGCAUAGAACUGCUUUCCAGGACCCAACUUAUAGACAAGAAAAAGAAAGUAUCGGGACAAGAGUGUGAUAAUUACCAUCCCAAAAGCAUCAGAUGCCAAAGUCUACAAACUAGUAAAAGAACAGGAUUGAUUAGAGGGGCUUGUAGGAACAAGAACUUGAAACAGGUAAGAAUGCUCCAAUAUAAAAUCAUGGAUAGAACUCAAAAAUGGGUACUGAAAUAAGUUGCUUACUCACAGCUACCAAUUGGCCGAAACUUAAUUUUCACUCCCACCACAAAAGAAAAAGAACACAAACACAUGCAUACAUGCA